UCAGAGGUAGCGGGGGAAAGUUGGAUUAAGAAGCGUGGCAAUUAUUCGGCCCGCAAUCCGAUCGGCCCUAUAAGGACGAAUGCAAUGAAAGCCGCGGACCGAAGCAGUCACAGCGACCCCUACAAUGUUUUUUCCCCUAGGAGCCCGCGGACAAAUUUUGGAUCAUCGCCGACACAUCCCGAGAUGUUCGAUUUGGAGACCAUUAUAUGCGAGUUCGAGAAGGGUUUCCUCUCCCCAUCGAAGCACGAAGGAAGGCCGAUGGAUAUAGGCAAACAGAGGAACUUCGUCAAGAAGAUCGUGGCGGCGUUCGAGGUAAAAUACAAGGCGUGUAACGAUCCGAGGGGCGGGCAGGAGGGGGCCGAGAGCAACCCGGACACCAGUUGCGGAGGGGCGGCGAGGAAGAGGUCGGAGAUCUUUGAGCCAAUCCCUUUCGACUCUGAAAAUUUGCACGAUGACUCGAUGAGCGAGGGCGAGAAGAACGAAUUUGAGAAUCGUUCGGACAGCAAUUCGAUGGGGGAAACUUACGCCUGGCCUUCCGAAACCUAUGCGUCCUCCGAGGAGGAUGGGCAUACGAUCGAUCUUCGAAAAGUCAUAAAACGCGACGAGACGGAGGACGAUCGUGAAAAUGUGGAAGGAUUAAUGUGCUCGAACGGUUCCAGGAAAUCGGCAAUAUUCUCGAGCGCGUACAGCAAAGAUUUGAAGAACGAAGCGAAUGAAAAUUUCUCUGAUGCUUAUCUGAGCUCGUUGAAUCUCGAGCGGCGAGGCUCGAACGACUCCGAUUGCUCGAGCCUUUUCAAAUUCGACAAAGAGCAAUCCUGUCUAAGAUCGAACUUCCACGCUGAUUCGAAGAUGGCCGAUGUAUCUCUCGAUGACACGAUGGAGGGCACGAUCCUUGACUUGACCCUGCCCAAUCCGGAACGGAGGGGCACUUCCUCGAUGGAGAGCGGAUUCCCUAAAAGCACGAGCACGAUGAUCAACGAAUUUCCUAAGAGGGAGAAAGAGGAAGAGGAGGUGGAGGGGGAGGAGGAGGAGGAGGAGGAAGAAGAGGAGGAGGAGGGUUCGAAGGACGCCCAACAAAUUUCGCGCAACGAUAAGACACCUAAGAUAGUGGGGGCGUUCUUGAAGAGACCGAUCGAAGUCGAGGACACCUCCAUCGAUUGGAUACCUAUCCCAGGGAAGAAAUUACCGCGAAAAAAAUCAUUGAAAAAAUUGCUAUAUUCGUUGACAGGUAAGAGGCUCGACAAGAAACGAAAAUUGUUCUCGUCGGAGAGGAACUUGAACGAGGGGGAAUAUCAAGAUUCCGGGUACGACGAGAGAUCUUGCUCCUCUUCUUCCUUGACCUCUUUGGCCUCCAUCACUGACAUAUUGGGCAAGGCUCAGCGUGAGAAUAGCACUUUGCUGGACUCGAACAGGGAGUUCACAUUCAAUACAUUCAAAUCGAACAACUUGGCGUGCAAAGAGGAGAAUGGAACGUUCUAUCGUACGCAAGGGGAGGAAAACGCGAAAAGGCUCAUUUUAAACGAGGUACCCCGCGAGAGCUUGAGACUAGAUCUGGGUCCAUCCUAUCCCCCUCUAAGUCUGAUAACACAGAUGUCAUUGAAACCCAAAGCAACGAGAUCCAAUCCAUCCAGCCCAUCCCUAGUGAAAGAGACCCUGACCAAACUGCCCAAGCAUCCACAUCUCUCCAAGAUACGGAAACACCCGUUCAUUUCCUUGACAAAGAUGGACAACAGCCAGGAAUUCUGCAGCUCUUACAUAUAUCAAACCGGCCAACACUCGUCCGUAAUUAUUAAAAACGACAUGUACGAAGUGGAGAUACGCAGGAGGAGCGAGGACAUUCCCUGCCCUUUUUCGCACCAUAACUCCACGUCCGCGGCCGCUCACUACGACGUCCCCAGAAAAUUCUUGUCCAAAUCUGAGACCGAGAUCUGGGCCAAGUGUCAAUGCUCGAGAAGGGAGGAGCCAAUUUACGACGUCCCGAAGUUGCAAAAUAUUGAGAGAUCUAAAUCCAGCGAUUACGAGGAAGUUCUUUCCUCUAAAAGGAAGAACGCUGUGGCGGAUCAAGAAGAGUCGGGCGAGAAUUAUGCAACCGCCGAUAAUGCUAAGAAUUGUCUCAACGACGAGAUGCGAUUUAAUAUUUAUAUAAAUUAG